UGUGUGUGUGUGUGUCUACAGGCUAAAGGCUUUGAACUGGGUUACCUGGAGAAAGUGGUGGAGGUGAAGGACACGGUUCACCGGCAGUCUCUGCUGUACCACACCUGCAGCCUGGUGCUGGAAAAUUACCCAGAAUCCUCGGACAUCUACUCCGAGAUCCCGGCCAUCACACGCUCCGCCAAAGUGGACUUUGAGCUGCUAGCAGAGAACCUGGUGCAGCUGGAGAGACGCUGCAAAGCAUCAUGGGAGAACCUGAAGGUGGUGGCGAAGCACGAGACGAAGGUGGUGCUGAAGAACAAGAUGGCCGACUUCCUGAAGGACUGCACGCAGCGCAUCAUCAUCCUGAAGGUGGUCCACCGCAGGGUCAUCAACAGGUUCCACUCCUUCCUGCUGUUCCUGGGCCAGCCGUGCUCCUCAGCGCGGGAUGUCCGAGUGACGAGUUUCUGUCGGAUCAUCAGCGAGUUCUCUCUGGAGUAUCGGACCACCAGAGAACGAGUCCUCACGCUCAAACGCAAACGAGCAGCUCACCGUGAGAGAACCAAGACCAGAGGCAAGAUGAUCACCGAGACGGAGAAGUUUUCUGGGGCGAUGCCUCAGGAGGAGGACCUGUCUCCCGUCUCCAUGGCGACGGAGGCGGCCCAGGAGUCGGAGCACGAGAACAUGAAGAUGGUGCUGAGUGCUGAGCCCCGAGGCCCGAGACGCUCCAGAGCCGUCCGCAGUCUCGGCCGGGUGAGUCCGUCCCAGAUGUUUGUAGCCAAAGAAGAAGGGACCAACUCCCAAGACGACGCCACGGACGAGAUCAUGGACCGACUCGUAAAGUCUGUUACCCAGAAUCCCUCUGACCGACCGUCCAGCCCCAAGACCCGCAAACGCUCGCGACUCAACAGGAAGUCCAUGCGGAGGACCCUGAAGAGUGGGCUCGGUGUCGACGUGGUUCAGGCUCUGGGACUCAACAGCAAGACGGCAGAUAAAGUCUGACGGAGACUCGAUCACAUGAUCGGAGAGACUGAACCCAGAUCAGCUGAGAGAGCCUCCCAAAACCUCCCGGUACCUCUGGACCUUCGUCAGGACGAUUUCAAGUCUGUGUUUCGGUCCAACGCACCGGCACGCAACAACUAAUUGGAUGUGUGCAUCUUUUCUUUCCAAAUUUAGAUACAAUUUAAUGAGAAUAAUGCAGCCAGAGCCAAGCGUGACGCCAAGAGUCCAGAUCAACACACACACACACACACACACACACACACACACACACACACACACAC